AUGGCAGCGCCGGGGGACCCGCGGCGGCUCUACCGGCUGGUGCAGGAAGGCCGGCUGUGCGCCCUGCGGGAGGAGCUGCGGGGAGCCGGGCGCGCCAGCUGCCCGGGGCCGGCCGGGGACACCCUACUGCACUGCGCCGCCCGCCUCGGGCAUCGGGACGUGCUGGCCUAUCUGGUGGAGACCUGGGACAUGGACAUCGAGGCCGCCAACCGAGACUACAAGCGACCCCUGCACGAGGCUGCCUCGCAGGGCCACCGGGACUGCGUGCGCUAUCUGCUGGGCAGAGGAGCCGCGGUCGACUGCCUGAAGAAAGCCGACUGGACUCCUUUGAUGAUGGCCUGCACAAGGAAGAAUCUGGAGGUGAUCCAGGACCUUGUAGAACAUGGUGCCAACCCACUUCUAAAGAACAAAGACGGCUGGAAUAGUCUCCACAUUGCCAGCCGAGAGGGUGACCCUCUGAUCCUCCAGUACUUGCUCACUGUUUGCCCAACUGCCUGGAAGACAGAGAGCAAAAUCGGGAGAACUCCUCUGCACACGGCAGCAAUGCAUGGCUGUUUAGACGCAGUGAAGGUCCUUCUCCAGAGGUGCCACUAUGGAGCCGACUGCGCAGACAGCUGUGGCUGCACACCCUUCAUGGACGCAGUUCAGUGCGGCCACAUCGAUGUGGCCCAGCUGCUGCUCGAACAGCACAAGGCUUGCUGGGUGGCGCGGGACGCCCUGGGGGCACAGGCCAUCCACAGGGCGGCCGUCACUGGGCAGGACGAGGCCCUCCGCUUCCUGGUGUCCGAGCUGGGCGCCGACGUGGACGCCAGGACAGCACCCAGCCUCCUGACGCCACUGCAUUUCGCCGCUAAGGAAGGACACGUGAGCACAGUCCGGGUGCUCCUGUCCUUGGGUGCCGACAUCAAUUCCAAAGAUGAAAGAAACCGAUCAGCCCUGCACCUGGCCUGCGCCGGCCAGCACACGGCCUGUGUCGAGCUCCUCCUGCGGUCCGGGCUGAGCGACUCCCCGGACGUCUCGGGCACCCUGGCUCAGCAGCUCGCUCGCAGCGCAGACAUCCUUCAGUGCUUUGACCGCCACCCCGAGUCCUGAGGGUGCUUCUGAGCAAGGACAGGUACGGUGACCACGUCCUGCUGCUGCCGUCGUUGGGGUCCC